AUGUCUUCUUCUCAUCCCAUCUCAUCUUACGUCCAAUCGAUGAUCGAGAACGAUGCUUCGAAUAACAUAUCGGAGGAAGAAGUCUUCGAAAUUACGACGAAAGCGACGUCCUCUUCGAACGUCUAUUCCGGUUUCGCGGAGCUCGCGAACGCUUUGGAGCGAUUACGAAUGAAAAGAAAAACCGACGACGGAAACGUUUUCGGAGAGAAGAGCGCUCGACUUCUGGACUUGUUUUCGUUCGGCACUUUCGAUGAGUAUUAUCAUCAACAACAACAAAACGAGCAACAAUCGUUAAAAGUUAUAUUAAACGAAAAACAAGAGGAAAAGUUGAAGCAGUUAUCGGUCGCAUCUUUAUCGUACGAAACGAAAGUUCUCUCCUACGAGAUCUUGAUGCAACAGUUGCACUUGAACUCUGUGCGAGAACUGGAGGAUUUUUUAAUCGAGAAAGUGAUAUCGCCCGGGAUCGUGAAAGGACAGAUGAAUCAAGAACUGUCGGUUUUUGAAGUCUUUUCAGCGAUUGGACGAGACCCAGACAGGAAAAGUGGGAGAGUGGAAAAGAUGUUGGCGACUGUGAGAGAGUGGAAGAGAACGUGCGACGACGCUUUGAGAGACAUCGAAAAUCAAAUAGUGGAGACGAAGACGGAUUUGGCGAUGGAAGAUCUGAGGAAGGUAGAGGUGACGAGGAAGCAAGAGGAGGCGGAAAGGAGAGCGAGCGCGAACGUGGUUGGAGGAGGAGGGAGCGGUGGCAUCGAGGAAGAGGUGGACGCGGCGAUAAAGGAGGAAUCGGGGAGCGCCGGCGGAACGAAAAGAAAGAAGUAA